AUGGCAGAUUUCUACGCAGGAUACAUCUCUGGCAUCUUCGCAAUCCUCGUCGGCUCACCCCUAGACAUCCUGAAAGUCCACCUACAAUCCCGCUCCUCCUCCCCCUUCUCCUCACCCUCCACCACACCCUCUUCCCCCCUCUCCUCCACGCCGUUAUUUCCAACAGUGACAAGUUACAUCCGGGGAACCGCCGGCCCGCUCCUCGGCAACGGCGGCCUAAACGCGAUUCUGUACUGUACCUACAACCGCAUUCUCUCCCUCCUUUCGGCGCCGCAGCAGCCGCGGCAAUCGUCGCUAGCGGCGAUAUGGGUUGCCGGCGCUGCCGGUGGCGCCCUAUCGUGCGUGUUCGGCGCGCCGGUGGAGUUAGUCAAGGUCCGGGCUCAAAUACGCCCUGGCGAGAAUAGCUAUGAAGUUGCGCGAGGGGUCGUCAGGAGGGAGGGGGUCAGGGGGCUCUAUUUGGGAGGGCUGGUUAUGGGGGUUAGGGAUUCAGUCGGUUGCGGGUUUUAGUAUGUUCUGUUGUGGGAGUACGGUAGUCACUGCCGUGGGUGGCCAAAUGGCUAAUACCGGUAUGGCGUGUAGUUUCUGGGCGUAUGAGUAUAUAAAGCGGCUGCUGCGACACGAGGAAGUAGCAGGGGGAGGGCAAGAUCAACAGAUGGCGGGUAUGAAGAUACUACUUGCAGGCGGUGUGGCGGGAUGUAUUAGUUGGCUAUUGGUAUACCCGCUCGAUGUCAUAAAGACCAGGGUGCAGGUGCAGGGCGAGUGUGAGGGAUUGUUGGCCAAGCGGAGGCUUGGGGCUUGGGAAUGCGCGAAGAGCGCUUAUGCCGAGGGCGGCGGGAGGGUGUUUUUCAAUGGGCUCGGCGCAUGUAUGGCUAGGGCUUUUUUGGUACGUUCUCCAUAUUCGUAUACUCGAGUACAACGCCAUGGCACCGGUGUGGCAGUGGCGAUGGGCUUUGAUGAGUGA